UCCUCCACAAGCGACUCCCUGUUCAGAAGAUGGCGGAAGGCGAGCUGAACGUGGAUAGCCUCAUCUCUCGGCUCCUGGAAGUGCGAGGAUGCCGUCCGGGGAAGAUUGUGCAGAUGACGGAGGCGGAGGUUCGCGGACUCUGCAUCAAGUCCCGCGAGAUCUUCCUCAGCCAGCCCAUCCUGCUGGAGCUGGAGGCACCGCUCAAGAUAUGCGGUGACAUCCAUGGGCAGUACACAGACCUGCUGCGCCUCUUUGAGUACGGGGGCUUCCCCCCGGAGGCCAACUACCUGUUCCUGGGGGACUACGUGGACCGAGGGAAGCAGUCGCUGGAGACCAUCUGCCUGCUGCUGGCCUACAAGAUCAAAUACCCCGAGAACUUCUUCCUGCUGAGAGGCAACCACGAGUGUGCCUCCAUCAACCGCAUCUACGGCUUCUAUGACGAGUGCAAGCGCAGGUUUAAUAUCAAACUGUGGAAAACCUUCACAGACUGCUUCAACUGCCUGCCCAUCGCCGCCAUCAUCGAUGAGAAGAUCUUCUGCUGUCAUGGAGGUCUCUCUCCUGACCUGCAGUCCAUGGAGCAAAUCCGCCGAAUCAUGAGGCCCACCGACGUCCCUGAUACAGGUCUGCUGUGUGACUUGCUGUGGUCAGAUCCGGAUAAAGAUGUGCAGGGAUGGGGGGAGAAUGACCGGGGAGUGUCCUUCACCUUCGGGGCCGACGUGGUCAGCAAGUUCCUGAACCGUCACGACCUGGACCUAAUCUGCAGGGCGCAUCAGGUGGUGGAGGAUGGGUACGAGUUCUUUGCCAAGCGGCAGCUGGUCACCCUGUUCUCUGCCCCUAACUACUGCGGGGAGUUCGACAACGCGGGGGGCAUGAUGAGCGUGGACGAGUCCCUCAUGUGCUCCUUCCAGAUCCUUAAACCGUCAGAGAAGAAGGCCAAGUACCAGUACGGGGGAGUGAAUUCGGGUCGCCCCGUCACCCCGCCCCGCACCACCCAAGCUCCCAAGAAGAGGUGAGCAACAGGGCUUUUCCCUGUGGGCCCUCCUCUGAACACCCCCCCCCCCUUUGCUGCCUCUUGCCCCCAGUAACUCCCCAAUGUCUUCUGCCUUCAGGGGGCGCACUUCCACUGACAGCUCUCUUCUUGUAUAC